AUGAAAUAAUAAUCAAUAUUUGUCACAGUUGGCAGCACCAACUUUGAUGAAUUGAUAAAAGCAAUUGAUAAUUAAGAAACUUAAAACUAAUUGAAAUAGUUGGGUUAUAACAAAGUAGUUUGUCAAAUUGGAAGUGGUAAUUAUGAACCUAAAACCGAGUUUUUUAGAUUCAAAUCAUCUUUGACUGAAGACUAUCAAAAGGCAGAUUUGAUCAUUUGUCAUUGUGGAGCAGGCACAAUUUUAGAGUGCUUAAAAUUGAAAAAAAAGAUUAUUGUAGUAAAUAAUGACACACUGAUGAAUAAUCAUCAAAUGGAGUUGUUCAAUGCUUUAACCAAAUAACAAUUGGUGUGUGGAAUAAAAUCGACAGGAUAAAUAUAAAGUGAACUAAUUGAUAAAAUUAAAGAAUCUUCUUAAUUGAAAGCGUAUCCAUUACCAGAACCUAAUAAAAUUGACAGUAUUAUUGAUUCCAUAGGAGAUUGCUAUUUAAGUGAGUAAUUGAUCCCCCGUUAUUUUAAUUUAUAAAAGGGGACCUUAUGGAUUAAAAAACUAAAGUAGAAGUACAUUAUUAAAAUAAUUAAGCAGGCUGAUCAAUGUGAUCAUCAACAUAAGUAUUUUAAAUAGAGUGUGCCCUUACAAUUGAGUUAAAUUAUCAAUAUUCGAUUAAACUAGCCUCGCUAAGAAGAACGUCGAUAUCAUUCAGAAACACUCAAAUAACAAGCUAAAGCUUUUAACAUAAAUAAAUGGCAAGAAAUGGUGGAUAAGGAAGAAUUGUACUAAAUGUCAUUGACUGGCCAUUUGAUCAAGGCAAUUCAGUUAUAAGAUGGGAAUGCCACCUUAAAUAAUCUAAUAAACGUUACAGAACCUUAUCUUCCAUUCUUGAGAAAGUAAAACGGAAAAAAUUUUACAGGAAUGGCUACUCGAACUGUGAAAGGAUGCCUGUCUGCUGUAGUUUUUAAAAGAAAUGAUGAAUCAACUUGGUCAGUAGAUGAAACUAAAGUAGAAGAAUUUAUUAGUUAAGCUAAUAAGAAGCUAUUUUAAUUCUUCGAGAAACUGAAGAAAAAUUUUCCAAUUUAUGACAUUAUCAAAUCAGAAAGCAAUGGCAGGAAAACAAAAAAAAGAAUAAAAAUAGAAUAGAGAAGAGAUGAUGAUUAAUUCAAUGAGAGAUUUCAACCUGACUUUAAUUAGAAAUUAGAUCCUUAAGACAAUAUUAAAAUUGAGAAUCACUAUUAGAAUUUUGAUUAAAAUGCUAAUUCUAAAAUAAACUCAGAGUGGCACUAUUCAAUAAGUGACAAUAUUUUUAAAAGUUUGUAUUGUUUGAGAUCAGGGGAAAAAAUAGAUGAUCAAUUCUUAGGUAAUUUGAUAGGAUUCUACAAUAUUAAACAUUAAUUAGAUAGAAUGUCUGAAUGCUAAAGAUAUAUUGAUUGA